CAACAAAUAUGGCGGCCCCCGACGAGCACUCCGAUGUUGCGGACACUCGGCUCACGAUUGACCUCAUUCAGAUGGAUCUACAAACUGCCGAUGAUAGCGUCGCAUGUACGCGGACCGUGGCGGUAAAGCGGGAUCCAGAAAUCUCGCUCUUGUCGCCGAUGACCGGUACGCAGCCGCUCGUUUGGUCGCACGAUCAUCGGCUAGCAGUGUGUACGGCCAGCUCGUUGGCAGUCAUGGAGCUAGUUUGCGACAUUCACAGCAGCAAACAGGAGCUGAUAUUCAACAGGACUUCCAUUCCCGUCCCGGGUAAUGCUUACGAAAUGCAGGUUGGACCCCCAAAAGAGCAGGUUAAAGCCAUGAAGCACUUUAGAACACAUCCUGACCUCCCCACCAAGCAAGAGUUCAAUUGGGAUCGCGUGAUGAACCCCUCGGGAGUCUCAUACAAAGGAAUUAAAUACGCUAGUUGGUCGCCCCUCGGUUGCGAUUCCAGCGGGCGCUGCUUGCUGGCGUGUCUCACCCUUGACCACAGACUCACCGUCCAUCACAGCCACAAGCGUCUGGAAUGGACCACGCUGGUCGAUCUCAGCGCCAAGUACGGCGAGAUGCUACGAGAGCGAGGCUACGUCGAACAAGACGACCAGCUGCCCGAGAAGAACAUUUUGGACUCUGAGGAGCUGUGGCGAAGGUACCGAAUGCAGACGCCGGUGAGGAUGGAGUGGUCCAGCGUUUACAAGCUCAAACAGAUGCAGCCUGACAAUUCCUGCCUCAAUGUGGAGAUUGUCCUCCUGGCCGUCCUGAUGGAAAACGGCAACCUCGUUUUGUGGAAGUUUGCUCUGCCCUUCGAAAGCGGCGCCGACGUGGUUUUUUACGAAGCCGUCGAUUCGGGCCUGAGCAGUCCCAGCGAUCUGGCCUGGUGGGAGUAUGAACACGCAGAUCGGCGCAUGAGCGGCUUGAUCGUGGGCAGCGAGCUGGGCCCCGUUAAGAUCAUGCCGGUCACUCUAACGGGGGUCAAAGGUUACUUCACCCUACGACACCCCAUCGCCCUCUGGAAGGAGUGCGACCGGAUCGCGGCGGAGAACAUCAAUUGCGUCUCGUUGGUCCACCCGCUUGACAAAAGCAGCUGCAGCGUCAUCGUGGCGUCCCGCGGUUGCUACAUCUUCUGGUGUUUGCUCAUGAUUUCUCCCGCCGGACUGAACGUGCACACCUCGCACGUGGUGGGCCUCCACUCCCUCCCCGUGGUCUCGCUGGCCGUCAGCCAACGCGGCACCGUCUACACGUGCUCCACCGACGGCUGGAUGAAGAAGCUGACGCCCAAAUUCACAGAAAAAACUUUGGCUUUCCAACAGGAAGCCAUGUCGUGCCCCGAAGGUUUGGCUAACCGGCGUCUGCACGGGAUUGCGCUGAGCCGCAAUGAAGCAUACAUGGCGCUGGUCAGCACGCAAGGCUUGGAUAAUUCCUUCCACUCAUUCCACACGAACUACCAGGUGCACUUUAUGGCGUUAAAAUCGCCGGAAACGGCGGCCGAGCUUCUGCUCAAAUCCCCCACGGAGAACUUGUACAAGCAGGCUGACCUGCUGGACCUCGUCAGGUGGAAGAUUAUAACAAACAAAAGCAUUCCUCAGGCCUUGCAGGAGGAGCUUGAUCAGAAAAUCCGAGACGUGGGCUCUCCCUACUUCUGGCGCCUGAAGCUCUUCUUGGUCCGUUUUCUCUACCAGUCACUUCAGAUGCCGCUCACCGACCACCAUUGGAAACCUUCCCGCGAGCUCAUCGGCGUGCACGAGCAGGCCGAGGACAAAGAGGACAAUGAUUCAAACGUGGCCGAGGAGGAGACUCCAGCGGAGCGGGCGAGGAUCAAUUUGGUGGAGAGCCACCUUGUGAAGGAGAACAUAAAGAGGUUGCUUGGGGAGGUCUACCUCAACACCCAGAAAACCGAGAAGACCUGCAUUCCCACCAGCGGCCUGGCUGAGCAUCUUUUGAAGGACUCCCAUGACAAAAAUGCAGAGGUCCUGAUCGGUCACAUCAAGAAAAAGAUGAACAAGCAGACGUUCCCGGAGUGCUGUAGCUUGUGUCAAGAAGCGCUGCCCUUCAAUGACCACAAGCAAGCGGUGUGUCCAAAUGGACACGUGUGGCUCAGGUGCGUGUUGUCCUACCAGGCGUGCCAGGCUCUGAGCUUCAGACGCUGCCUUUUGCAGGACGGCAUCUCCGGAAUGCCGCAACCUGAUGAGCCACAGUGGAUCAAGAAGAUCCUCAAGACGUCUUGCUCGCUCUGCGACUCGCCCAUGAUUUAGAGGCGAACGGCAGUUUGAGCAAAUUCCCGCAACCGCCUGGGUUUUUACAAUCGUCGGAAUGUUUUCAUCACAGAGUUUUUAUUUAUGUUUUAAAAUUGGAAAUAAAAGUCUUUGAAGAUA